AUGACAACGGGAAGAUCACAUCAGGCAGGAGUACCGUCGAUCCCGUCCUGUGUCCGAGCAGUCAACUCUGUGCGUUCACUCUCCGUGGCAACAGGUGCCGUGAACCUGCAGCGCUCUUGCACCAUGCGGACGGAGGGAACUACGUGGUUCAUCGGCAACCAGGCGGGGAGCAGCGGGGGCGCCGUGUGUGCCUCCAACGAAUCGGAGGUUGUCAUCACCGGGGCCACUUCUUUCGUAGAAAACACCUCGAUGAACUACGGCGGCGCAGUAAUGGUGACGGAGGGCGCGGCAGUGCGCAUCCGCGGGAACACCACGUUCACCAACAACUACGCCCUGUUCGAUGGAGGGGAGACGACAUUUUGGGGCAACACCGCUGAGGAAGGAGGUGCGGUGUACGCCGACAUCGGCGUUACCGUCGCCCUGUCGGGCACGCAGCGGUACGAGAACAACUCGGCCAGAGGAAACGGAGGUGCAAUCCACCUAACUCUCGCCCAGUAUGCUCUCAUCAAGGGCCAGCCAAGUUUCUUCGGCAACACCGCCCUCGAAGGGUCGGGGGGCGCGAUCUACAGCUCCAACGUCCCACAGGCGACCUUUAAGAACGCCAACUUCACCAGCAACGCCGCCGUGUGGGGGGGCGCCGUGGCAUCGUUCUCCUCCGGCGAGGUGGCCUCCUCCUCCAGCUCCAGCACCCCCUUCCGGACGAGCGGCAGCAGCGGCAGCGGCUACGACCCGGAAGACCUGACGCCUUCGCUCACCACCACCGCGGGAGGCGCCACGACCGUCACCUCGCUGUCUGCGGACCCCGACGCCGACGGUUCUGGCGAAGAAGAAAGGGGUUCUUUCGGCGGCGGCGGCGGCGGCGGCGGCAGCGCCGCCGCGCCCACGAAGUUCCUGGGUUGCGUCUUCGGGGAGAACCACGCCUCCGAGGACGGCGGGGCUAUCUAUUCUGUGGCGGGUUUUGACAUGGUGAAGGAAUCCACCUUCUUCCACAACAUUGCGGCCUCUUCCGGCGGCGCCCUCGUACACGCCGGGGUGAUGGAGGAGAUCUCCGGAACCACCUUCGAGGGCAACGGGGCGGGAAACGAGGGCCCCGCGGUCGUCAGUCUGGGCUUGCUGGUUUACAUGGGAGGGGUUACCUUCGACGGCAACAGUUUCUACUGCGAGGAAGGGACGUUCAGCACGGAGGUCGAAAUCGAGGGGGAGGAAGUGUGCCGCUUCGGCCGCGUGUGCUCGAGGUGCGCCAGCGAGUGCGGCAGCGAGCUGCAGGAUGAAGUCACCGUCGCGGACCCGGAUCUACUUCCCGCAUGCGAAGCGGUUCCCGAGGGGGCCCAGACCACAACCAGAGGAGGCACCCUAGCUACGCUGGAGAUUCUGCCGGGCUACUACCGAUCUUUGGCCACGAGCACGGACAUCAGGGAGUGUUUCUUCGAGGACGCGUGCGAGGGGGGCCAGGUCGUCGGAGAAUACUGCGCGACGGGGUACUCCGGGCCAUAUUGCGCCGUGUGCACGGCCGGUUUCUCCCGGGGAUACUUCCACUCGUGCAAGUCCUGCAUGGGGGAUAGCCGUCGGAGGGCGUUCUACGUAGUCUCCACGGUAGGCGCGCUGGUGCUUCUGGCGGUCGUUUUCCUGGCGGCCAAGCUGGUUUCGGUGGUGGAGAUGACGCCUUCGCGCAAGGCCCCGAGCCGCUGGCAGCGGAAACGGUCAGUGUGGCGGGCGCGCAUAAAGAAGAUUCUGCCGCUUACGGCGAUCAAGAUCGUGGUUGUCGUUUGGCAGAUCGUCACGCAGUACUCCGACGUGGCCGGCGUCGAGUACCCGGGCGCGUACAAGGACUUCUUGUCGGUGAUCGACGUCGUCAAUCUCGACCUCGGCUUCAUCCUCUCCCUGGCGUGCGUGUACGACACCGACUUCUACGACCGGCUGCUGCUGACAACGAUAUGCCCCGCGGUCGUGCUCGGCCUCCUGGGCUGCACUUACCUGGUGGCCCGUCGUCGUAACCGUCGCUCCCAACAGGUGCUCAGUCAAGGAGGCUACACAAAACCUAUACAGUCAAGAAUCCAACACUAA